AUGUCGUCGAAAGUUACUCGAGACAUGCUGUUUGAAACAACACAAAACGUUUUAACUUAUUCUAAUGAAACUAAAAAACGCAAAUUUGCUGAAACUGUCGAAUUACAGGUUGUCUUAAAAAAUUUUGACCCUUCCCGUGAUAAACGUUUCAGUGGUACCGUCCGUCUUCGUCAUAUUCCGAAACCAAAAUUCACUGUAUGUGUUCUGGGUGAUGAAAGACAUUGUGACGAAGCUCGCGCUAAUAACAUCCCAGCAAUGACAAUCGAUGAUUUAAAAAAAUUAAAUAAAGAUAAAAAGUUAAUACGUAAACUAGCUCAUCAAUACGAUGCAUUUCUUGCAUCGGACGUUGUCAUUCGACAAAUUCCACGUAUUGUUGGACCGGGUUUGAAUAAAGCUGGAAAAUUUCCAACAUCUAUUACACACGGCGAUUCGUUGGUACAAAAAGUUGAAGAAAUCAAAUCGACCAUCAAAUUUCAAGCUAAGAAAACAAUUUGCUUAGCAGUAGCCCUUGGAAAUGUUAACAUGUCCGUUGAAGAAUUAGCUGCAAAUAUCAAUUUAUCAGUUAAUUUUCUUGUUUCAUUACUUAAAAAGAAUUGGCAAAAUGUAAGAGCACUCUAUGUCAAAUCGACAAUGGGUAAACCACAACGACUUUAUUAG